AAUGGCGGAUAACUUAAUCAUAGAAAGCAAUCAAUUCAGUAGUAAUGUUGACGAGAAACAUUUUGAUAUCGUUGCCUCAGCCUUGAGAAAAAGUUGCCUAAAUGAUGAUGAAUUGAAAGAUUACUUUGAGUUAGAAAGAUGUUUUAAGUGCAUUACAAAAUUUGAGAUGCAAUCGUUUGGAAAUAGUAAAGAUGAUUUAAACAGCGAUAUUUUUGUGAAGGUAGGCCUUCAGUUUCCUGAUCAUAUGUUAUGUAAUUCAGCAAGAGUUGCUCAACUAAUUGAAGAAAAUGUGAAAUGUAAAACAUACAUCAUGGCUGACACCACUUAUGGAAGUUGUUGUGUUGAUAAAAUAGCAGCUGAACAUAUCAAAGUAGACUUCAUAAUUCAUUUUGGUUCAGCAUGUCUCAGCAGAACAGAUAGUAUUCCUGUCAUUUUUGUUUUUGGUAAAGAAAAAAUAAAUAUUGAGGAAUGUUGUGUGGCCUUUCGUCAUUGUUUUGAAGAUAAAAGUACAAAAAUUAUACUUGCUUAUGAUGUUGUUUAUCAUCAUUCAAUUGAUCAAAUAUACACAAAGCUUUCUUCUGAAUAUAAAUCACUGAUUCCAUCUCGAGUCAAAGGCUGUGAUAAUUUCAUUAUGAAAAGUAGAUGUUGCAACACUGAAAAUUUUCCCCUCAACAAUAGCAAUGAAGUUUAUGAUUCUUCAUUUAAUGAUGAGUGCAAUGAAAAUAUUUCUCAUUUUGGUUUCAGAUUUGGUCGCGAAUUCAAUCUAGAAGAUGGUUGUUCUGUUGAUGAUUACGUCGUUUUCUAUAUUGGAAAAGAAAGUUUGACAUUAACCAAUCAUAUGAUGACUCUCAACAAAUGUGAGUUUUAUUCUUAUGAUCCCGAGAUGUCAACAUGUCGUAAAGAAACUUUGAAUGUAAAUCGUCAUCUCAUGAAAAGGUACUAUCUCAUUGAAAAGGCAAAAGACGCUCAAACUGUUGGAAUACUUGUUGCUACAAUAGGAAUUGUUAACUCUUUGCAAAUCCUCAAAAGAAUCAAAACAAUUUUACGCAAAUGUGGAAAAAAGUUUUAUACAUUUGUGGUUGGAAAAAUCAAUGCAGAAAAGCUGGCAAACUUUAUGGAAAUCGACAUAUUUGUGAUAAUUGCCUGCCCAGAAAAUAGUUUAAUUAAUUCUCAGGAAUUUUAUAAACCAGUCAUAACACCUUUUGAAAUUGAAGUUGCUUGUACAAGGGCAAGGCAAUGGACUGGUGAAUAUAUAACAGAUUUUCAAGAACUUUUACCAGGUGCUGCAAGUCAUGUGAAUAUAGAAGAUCAGGAGAGUGAAUUUGAUGUUCCUGACAUGUCGUUGAUUUCUGGCCAUCUACGUCCUAAGCGUUCACAAAAGGAUUCAGAUAUAAACAUUGAAAAAUCUACUGCUCUGGCUGCUCGAAAUAUGAAUGCAACAUUAUCUUGUCAUCAUUCAGCUGCAGCGGAAUUUCUCGCCCAGCGCUCUUGGAAAGGUCUGGAAAUAAAAAAAGGUGAAACACAAGUGAGCAAAGCGAUCGAAGGAAGAAAUGGGAUUGCAAGCUCUUAUACUCAUGAAACUGGGCAUAGUUCUGGUGCAGAGUAUUCUGAUGAAGAUAACUUGAUGGGUGCGAAUAGACUGAAACAAUCUGAAUGUUGUGAAUUGAUGGCAACCCGACUAGUCUCAACUCAGACAACUUGAUUGGUCGAAUGGAAACUAUUUAAAUUACCUGCAUUUAGCUAUGGAUUUAGCCAGUUCAAAUCAAUGGUUAACGUUCAAGCAUCCAGGUUAAGUUGAGAUCAGUGGUAUGGUUUUCUUUUGACGAAAUCGAAGUUUAUGUCAUCCGGUUUAUGUUGCAAUCUUGGCAACGCUAAUGCAAUUACUGAAAUAUGGCGUUAAUUAAAAUUGUGUAAUUUGCGACAAAUCAAUGGCUUAGUCGCAAUAUUCUUGUGAAGAUUUAUUGAACUCUAUUUUCCUUACUGAAUAGACAUAAUUAUAACUUCUUGAAAAAUAUUUCCCAUUGGAAUUAAUGAAUGGCAAUUUCCGUCCAAAACUGUUUGUCACACAGGAAGAAUGGUAACAGGAUUGGUCUUAAGAUGGUGUACUUUGAUAGUUUUGUGUGUUACAAAUAUUAAUAUUAUUUUUCAGUGAAUGAUAUUCCUUCUUUUAAAUAUUCUAUUAGAAAUUACUAUUUUUACGUUGUGUAAUGUAAUUUUUUAUACACAUAUUUUGUAAAUGCUUUGCUCUCCUUGCAAAAUUUAAUUGCUUGUGAACAUAUGAUCAACAGUGUAAUAUCAGUUUGUGAUUGUCUAUGUAUACUGAAACUUAUCUUUACUCUGAGUCAUAUGAGUCAUAAGAAAUUUUCUUAGAGGGGGUUAUAUCUCCAUUUUGUAAAUAGUGAUUUUCCAUUUCCUGCUGAGGACAUUUUCCUAAUAAACAUUCUAGCUAUGA